UACACUGAGGGCGAGGACUUGAUAUUUGAGUACCUUGUAAAUUGGCCCAUGGCCAAAACUCUUUUCCAAAUGACAGGCGUAGGCGGUAGACUGAUCAACAACUUGUCAGAUGAAGUGCAAAUCAAGAUGACAUUGGCGAGUUCAGCAUUCAAAUCUGUGUCAGAGAAGUUCCUAAGUGGAGGGAUCCAAAUGAAUACUUUAAACCAAAUCCUCCAGAAAGAACGUGAAUUUCUUGACUUGCUGAAGAUAGAUGGGCUUUGCGAUGAUCGUCGUUGUAAAGAUGACAGAAAAAUGAGAACAUUACUGAGACAAAGAAAAGAGGAAGCAGAAGCUGUCCAUAGUGACAAGGAGCUGGUCAGGGGUCUUUUACAAAUCUGCCAGGAACUUCCACAACAUGUCAAAGUUGACUUCAAGGGGUUGGACAAAAACCUUCAUCAGAACAUUGAGAUGAUGAAUUUGAAUACAUUUAUGAAGGUUCACACUCUUGAUGGACAGACCUCUCCUGCAAUUGGAAAAGUCACUUAUUUCAACCUUUGUGAUAUCACCCGUCAAAUGGCUACAGAAUUGCAUGCCAUUAAAGACAGCACACUCUUUAAAAUGUGCUGGAUGAACCAAGUGGAAGAGCUGUCAAGAGACCAACCUAAUACAGAUGACACUGAACAUCUCGAUGGAAAUGAAGAAAUCUACACUCUUGACCUGGUCUACGGCAAAAUAUUCCAGAGCUGCUACAGCAACUACAAAGGGCUCUAUGAUGGUCUGAAGAGUGGGGAACUGUUACUGGAGGAAAUAGACAGCAUCUUUGAGGACUAUAAAGGAAAUUACGAAGACCUGCAGAAAGAUUUAGACAUCAUGUGCAGAACAAAUCCAUCUGAUGAUGGAAAAUGGAUCAGAGGAAGGAUUCAGCAAAUUCGACAGUACCAUGAGCUUCAUCUUGCAAUGGAAUCAGCCAAAAUCAUCAUGGAUAUCAGGAACACAAUAUGUCCAGAAGGAGACUUCAAAGUACUGGAGAAAUUGCUGCAAAUGAGUCAAGAUGACUUCAAGAAAAACAGCCUGAAUUGCAUAGAUGACACUUUCAUGAAGACCAAAAAGAUCCUGAUGGACAUUACAAAUGAUCGCAGGGAGUGUCUUCAGAAACUCAGUCAGAGCCAAGAGUUUGUCCUGUGGGUUAAAGAAGCGCUCGAAGAUAUCAAUGAGUUGAAAGUUUUUGUUGACCUGGCGUCCAUCUCUGCUGGAGAAAAUGACCUGGAUGUGGAUCGAGUGGCCUGUUUUCAUGAUGCUGUCCUUGGUUACUCUUCAAUAUUGUAUGGACUGAAGCAGGACUCUGAUUUUGAGGCCUUCAAAGAGUCAUUGUCAAAAUUGUGGAAGGCACUUGAAAAUGACAGAAAUAUACCAACGAAGCUGCGGGAUACAGCACGUCAUCUGGAAUGGUUAAAGACUGUAAAGGAAAGCCAUGGAUCUGUUGAAUUUUCAUCCCUGUCCCUGGCUACAUCCAUCAAUGAGAAAGGGGUAUACACCAUCAAGGCCCAAAACCAGAAAAAACUCACUUUAGAGACUUCCCUGAUGCUGCAAAUUCAGGACGGACAUGAGAAAAACAUGGAAUGCACCUAUGAUGACCUGAAAGAGUUGCAGAAUAAGCUUAUGCUCAUGUCUGGAAGAGGGGAACAAAAACAGAGUGAAGUGGAACACUUUGUUGAGGUGUUUGACAAUGUCCAAAGACUUGCCAAAGCCUUUGUAGACCUUUAUUCUGCAGGGAACCCACUCUUCAGGUGUUGGGAAGCUAAGAUUAAUUGCAAAACUCAGAGUGACCCAUGUAUCAUUAUGGAAAUCAACUUCUGCAAGACUCUGCAUCAAAUCCAAGUAUGUGGAAGUCUAGUUGAACAACUAACAGCACUGUCCAAGAAGAUGGAGGUGUUUCUUGAUGAAUGGCAACACUUCAUGGACAAACAGAGAUCAGAUUAUUACUACUUAAACUACUUCACAGCAGAACAAAUAUUCUACCUGUGCAGUGUUGUGACUCCAUCAAAUGUGAAUGCAGAAAUAGAGGACAAAGCUUUGAUGAUGCUCUCUUUUAUCAAACCAAACUGCACAACAUCAGAUGUCUGGAGCACAUGGGGAAGGUUUCACAACCAUUUUGAGCCUGGAAAAAGGAUGAAUGAAGAUACUCACUUUCAAAGUCACUUUCUUCACCAGGAAGACAGCAAUAUGUCUUUAGCCAAUGUAAGCCAUUUUACAGCCGAUAAUCCAGCAGACCAAACGGUUGAUUUGAAAGAAAUGGAAGAGUUGUGGAAUGGCUACAUGAAGAAUGAGGGGAUAUUUUUCCAUGACCUUUUGGACAUAAGGAGUUUAGGGGAUCUGUUGAAAAUGAUGACUAUCACAGAAAACCAAAGUGAAAACGAAUGGGAAGAACCAGUGCUAUCAGAGUUAAGUGACAAUUCAAUCAGAAGAAUUCUCCCAAAAGGCCUCUUCUCAAACCAACCUAAUCUCAUAAUUUGCCCAUACGAUGAGGUCCUGACUUCAAGUAUCUGCUUGUACAUGACCAGUGAGUAUGAGCCACUGCCAAGUUAUGAUGAGGUUCUCUUGUGUACCCCUGCAACAUCUUAUGAGCAAGUAGAGCUUUUCCUGAGGAGAUGUCUCACACCAGGUGACAUUGGCCAGAAGAUUUACACAAUGCUUUGGGCAGACCAACUAACCUAUGAUGUUAGCUGUGCAAUGGAGAAGUGUUUUCAAAAACUGCAUCCCCUACAUGAAUACACUCUAAUGAUCUUUUGCAGCUCUGACAGGGAGCACACUUACAUUCCUACUGCAUUCAGUCAGUUCAAAAGAGACUUUGUCCCACAAGAGCCAUUGGAAAGGAUUCAGAAGUACUUAUCAAGGCAUUACACGAUCCCCUCCAAUCACAAGCAUGCUGUGUUCAAAGGUGGCCAUUCUGUUGGCAUUGUUGCUUCCCACCGUGCAGGAGUAGGGAAGUCAUUGUAUGUCCAAAGAUUGUAUGAAAAGCUGGAGGGAAGUGUUGCUCAAGAAACUGCAUUUAAGAAGUGCAUCCGACUAACUGAACAUGAGGUUGAUGACCACAAGGUUCUCCAGUCAUUGUAUAACGCACCAAAACAAACAGAUGUCAAGGUGUUUCACUUUGAUGUCACAUCAUCGGUACAAAAAGGCUUGAAUGAAUUCCUAUUCAAGCUUUUCUUCUUGCGGUAUCUGAUGGAUUCAGAUGGACUGAUGUGGCGCUGCAGCCACAAACACUUGUACAUCAUUGAGUUACUGGAAACCACAAACCAUCAGGCCAGAUAUGCGCCUGGAUCUGUUCGAAAGGAAAACUUUGCAUUCUUGGAUGUUUUCCCGAAGGUGUUUUGUCGUCCACCAAAGGAGGUUAUGGCUUUAGAAAUGAGGAGAGAGGAAAACACUGACAUGGAGAGUGAUGACCCCCUUAUGGAUGACGAAUGUUUCAGGAGUGAAGCUUAUCAAAGACCAUACCAGUACCUCUCACGUUUUUACAACAAUAACAAUCUUGACAACUUCACUUACAUGGGCAUUGAAGGGACUCACGCAAAAUGUCUUCAGAUACUCUUAAUCUACUGUGGCAUAAUAGAUCCAUCAUGGGCAGAGCUACGUAACUUUGUCUGGUUUCUUAAUCUUCAGUUGAAAGACUGUGAGAAUUCAGACUUCUGCAAAUUUGAGUUUGUUGGAGACACUCUUCAAGGGUUUAAAAACUUUGUGGUCGAGUUCAUGAUCUUGAUGUCCAAAGAUUUUGCAACCCCAUCACUAUGCAUCACUGACCAGAGCCCGGGGAGACAACAAAUUGACAUCAGUGGGCUUAAUGAAAGAGACUUAGCUCCAUUCCUCAUUAGAAAAAGGUGGGAGUCUGAGCCACAUCCAUACAUCUUUUUUAAUGAUGACCACAUGUCCAUGACUUUUAUUGGGUUUCACCUGGAGCUCAAUGACCAGAAUGGGGUUGAUGCCAUAAGUCCCUCGACAGGAGAAGUGAUAAAGAGAAACAUCAUGACUCGUGAGCUGUACACUGGCUUAAGACUUCAGAGAGUCCCUUUCAAUAGGGACUUUGAUCAGCUUCCUCGAGCUGACAAGAUUGAGCAUUUGUGCAGUGUGCUUGGCAUCAAGUGGCCAACAGAUCCUGAUGAGACAUACGAACUGACCACAGAUAAUAUUCUCAAAAUGAUGGCAAUUCAUAUGAGAUUUAGGUGUGACAUCCCAGUCAUCAUAAUGGGUGAAACAGGAUGUGGUAAGACGAGGCUCAUAAAAUUUAUGUGUGAAUUGAGAAGGUGUGGAGCAGCAGCAGAAAACAUGAAACUGGUCAAGGUUCAUGGAGGAACAACAUCAGAAAUGAUAUAUGAAAAAGUGAGGGAAGCAGAAACUAUUGCAAAGACAAAUAAAGAGAAUCAUGACUUUGACUCAGUUCUCUUCUUUGAUGAGGCAAACACCACAGAAGCCAUCAGCAGCAUCAAGGAGAUAAUUUGUGAUAACUCUGUUCAGGGACAACAACUUAGCUCUCAGUCAGGACUACAGAUUGUUGCUGCAUGCAAUCCUUACAGGAAGCAUACAGACAAGAUGAUUGAAAGGCUAGAGGCUUCUGGAUUGGGCUACCGGGUCAGAGCUGAGGAGACUGACGACAGACUUGGCUCCAUCCCUCUUCGCCAGCUUGUGUAUCGUGUUCAUGCGUUACCCCCCAGCAUGAUUCCUCUUGUUUGGGACUUUGGGCAGCUCAAUGACUCAACCGAGGAAAUGUACAUCGAACAAAUAGUACAAAGACAGGCUAAGGCCAACUUGAUUGAGAAGCAUUAUAUUCAAACUAUAACUCAGGUGUUGUCGUCAUCACAAAAGUUCAUGAGGGAGAGGGAAGAUGAAUGCAGCUUUGUAAGUUUGAGGGAUGUUGAACGUUGCAUGCACGUGUUUGUGUGGUUCCACAAAAAUCACCCCACUUUUGUUUUGGAACUGAAAGAAUUCCUUAAAGAGGCAUAUCUGAGGGGAAAAGAAUCAUUUUCACCUGCUAGUAACAGAGUAAUCUGGUCACUGUUGAUGGCCACUGGAGUGUGCUAUCAGUCCUGCUUGGAGGACAAAAGGCAAUAUCAGAAAACUAUCAGCCAGUUGCUUUGUGGUGAAUACAACAUACAGAGAGAAAUCCAACUCAUGCAGGACCUCCUACUCAAUGGUGUACCCAUGGGUAAGACAAUAGCCAGAAACGAGGCUUUGAAAGAAAACUUCUUCAUGAUGGUGAUUUGUGUUGAGCUAAGAAUUCCCUUGUUUAUUGUUGGUAAACCAGGGAGCUCCAAAUCACUGUCCAAAACCCUAAUUGCAGAUGCAAUGCAGGGCCCUGCAUCACAUUCUGAACUCUACAAGAGGCUGAAGCAGAUACAUCUGGUGUCUUUCCAGUGCAGCCCUCAUUCAACCCCUGAAGGAAUCAUUAACACAUUCAAACAGUGUGCCCGCUUUCAGGAAAGCAAAAACUUGGAUGAAUACAUCUCAGUAGUUGUUCUUGACGAGAUUGGAUUGGCUGAAGAUUCCCCUAAAAUGCCACUGAAAACACUGCAUCCAUUACUGGAAGAGGGCUGUGUCGAUGAUGAGCCACAACCUUAUAAAAGGGUUGGGUUCAUUGGAAUUUCCAACUGGGCACUUGAUCCUGCCAAAAUGAAUCGUGGAAUAUUUGUGUCCCGUGGAGAUCCAGACCAGGAGGAGCUUUGCAAAAGCGCUCAAGGGAUAUGCUCGUCUGAAAAAAGAGUUCUUAAAAAGAUCAAACACCUUUUUAACCCUUUUGCAAAAGCAUAUAUGAGAGUAUGCAAAAAAGCCAGGGGUUUUUUUGGUCUGCGGGAUUUCUACAGUCUGAUAAAGAUGAUCAGUAAUGAGAGUCCCACCGCAGAUCAAAUCACUGAAGCAAUCCUGAGAAACUUCAGCGGAAAAGAUAACAUGGAUGUGAUGAGCAUAUUCAGCGAAGAACUCAAAGAUGACUUUGCCAAGGCCAGCGUCACCGCCAUUGAUUUGGUCGAGAAAAGCAUCUUUCCACCUUGCCAAGUGGAAGAAAGUCGUUACCUUUUGAUCCUCACAACAAACUAUGCAGCUCUUCAGAUUCUCCAACAGAUAUUCUUCGAUCACAAAGUCCAUCCAGAGAUCAUCUUUGGGUCUAGUUUCCCAAAAGAUCAGGAGUACACGCAGAUUUGUAGGAACAUCAACCGUGUCAAGGUUUGCAUGGAGACCGGACAGACAGUUGUGCUUCUAAACCUUCAGAAUCUGUACGAAAGUCUGUAUGAUGCUCUCAACCAAUACUACGUGACCCUAGGGGGUCAAAAGUAUGUUGAUCUUGGAUUAGGAACACAUCGUGUAAAAUGCAGGGUUCACAAAAACUUCAGGCUCAUUGUCAUUGAAGAGAAAGAGGUGGUCUAUGAGCAGUUUCCAAUCCCACUGAUCAACAGAUUGGAGAAACACUACCUUGACAUCAACAUUGUUCUUAAAAAUGAGCAGAAGGACAUUGCCAUACAACUACAGAAGUGGGUCGAUGAUUUUCUCUCCUUGAGGUGUCAACCCUCGGAAAAGCGAUAUGAUCCAAGUGAUAUCUUCAUCGGCUACCACUCAGACACAUGCUCCUCUGUGGUCCUGCAAGUAACAGAGAAUCAAAGUCAUAAAACAGAUGAUCAGACCAUUCUGAAAAAAGGGUUAGGGUUAGCCAAAGACAUUCUGCUCAACUGUGCCACUCCAGACUCCGUUGUCCGUUUGGACAAAUCCAAACUGCCUGAUGAGGAAAGAGAACAUUUAAUGAAAAAAUAUGUUCAGGAGGAGAUGCACAGUUCAUUGGGAGACUACAUUGUCUAUCACAAACAGCAGUUGGAACAGUCCCAUUUCAUCUUCACUGAGGUCACAACAUUUUCCAGGCUACUGACUGCAGCAGACACUCAACAACUGCAGAAUGUGAUAAAGCUUAACGAUAUCAAGCUGCUAUCACUGCAACAGUUUGACACAGAGUACUCUUUCCUCAAGAAGAUCAGGGAAUUUCUUGGCUCAACACUUGCAGACAAAGUGCUCAUUAUCCAAACAGACUAUGUUGAAGACUCCCGCAGGAGGAAUAUUCUUUCCUCAGCCAAGUAUUCAUGCAUCAACGAAAUAAACAAGUGGGCUACUACUGACAACACAAAGACAUUUGUGUACUUUGUCACCAAACUUCCUCGAAUCGAGGGCGGGACCUCCUAUAAUGGCUUUCAAGGCGGUCCAUGGAGGUCUGUUCACAUUGAUGAUCUCAGAAGAUCAACAGAGUUUGUGUCUGAUGUUCAUUCCUUGAAAAAGCUAUGUAUAAGUGAACUUUUUGAAGAUCCACCUGAAGCCAUGGAGACAGAAGACCGCACUGGUGUGCCACAGAAUGAUGACUCCAAUGUUUCGGAAGAUUUGUUUACAACAGAUCUGACGAGGAGCUGUGUGCAGAGUGCAGUGAGCAUGCUCAGAGAUGCAGCAGACAAUGGAGAACUCAGCACUAAGAGAGUUGAGAACCUGCUCACACUACUGGAUGGAAGUCAGACACACGGUCCGUUUGCAAGCAUUUUGCGAAAGCGUCUGCACUCGCUGUUAAAGGACUAUGAAGCCAACAUUCCCAAUCCAAAAAGCUGGGUUCUAACAGAGGCGUCUAAUUACAACGCUCUUCAAGAGGGAGGGACGUUCCUACACACACUGUGGAGGAAAAUCCAAGCAGUUGUCACUCCACUUCUAGCCAACUUGGUCUCAGUCAUUGACCGAGAUUGCAAUUUGGACCUCCUGCUGAAUGAGUAUGAUGACAUCACAAACCUUUGGCUUGAGAUAUUUGGGAGCAAAGAGAUGCUCCAUGUACCUUAUAUAAGGGUGGAAAGCGACUCUAGUGUCUUAAUGGUACAAAGCCAUAGCACAGGUGGCAACACCAUGCGCUGUCGCAUGCCCUUCAGUUGGUGGAUCAAAGACUUCCUGGAUGGGCUCAUGAUGCAAACAUCCAGACAUGAAACACAUUCACCUGGUCAUUUCCAAGAGUUGUUCUUGAACACUCCACUUGGCAGUUACAUGGCUAAAAAUGUGGAUGAAAAAAUGAAGAAAGAAUUUUUCGAAAGGUACCUGCAGGAUUUUGUUUCCAUGACCAUGAAAGGGACAUCAGAUGAAGAAUUGCUGCUCUUGUGUCAGGCCCUGGCCAGCUGUGUUGAUGAAUUACGGACACGAAAAAGAGAUAAAGAUGAGCUUUCUCUUCCUCACGUCCACAUUGCCUAUCAUUUCUACCAAAGUCGUCUUCAGAACCUCUCACGGAUGAUAUCUCUUCAGCCUGAUGUUGUUUCUCCUUUGCGAAGAAACAACCACCUUAGACGUAGUCCAGAGAUGGUUUUGGAUGUCCAUGCAGCGAAGGCAUGUGUUGAAUGCCUGGAGUCUGCUAAUUUCGAUACUGAUGCCCUAUGCCAGCAAUGGCUGAAGCAGGUGAAGAGGCUUCAAGCCUCUUUGGAGUUGAUUUGCUCUCAACAUAACACCAAACAAUAUGGAGAGCGAUGCAAAGAAAGACUCCAUGAUGUCAGUAAUGGCUGGAAGCGCAUCUACAUCCUUUCAUUGUUUGUGGAUCACAUGCUGCUGGGUUUCCAUAAUGAUGAGAAUCAGCUCAGAACACUGGUCCUGAAUCACACUAACACCUUAAGCAAGGUUCUGGAGGGAAACUCUGAUGUAAAAUCAAUGAAGGCUUUUCAAGCUGUGAUUGAAGUACUGAAAUCCUGUAAGCAGGGGGCAAGUGAUCAGAUGUUUCGGUUUGGACUUCAGUGUGGGGUGUGCAUGAGGGAGCCUCAGGACCCUGUAGAGCUGCCAUGCCAUCACAUCUACUGCUCAACAUGCAUCAAGGAGAGCCUUGAUGCAGGACAGACGUCCUGUCCCAAUUGCAGGCAGCAUUUACCAAAUGACUUUCAACCACAUGUCUCUGAAGAUAUCAGUGUUUCUAUCAAGAAAAAUGCAGAAUUUAGGCGGCGUUGCAAUGGUUUCUUCAUUGAUCUGCUCUCCGCUGUGUGCUUCAAGGACAAUACGCCACCAGAAACACGUAUCAUCACCCACCUGUUGUCCUACCUGAUGGUUGAGACAGAACAUAAACAGAUUCACACCAAAGAUCUGUCGCCUUUUGACGAGUCACUCGAUAAAAACCCAGUCGUGCGAUCUGUGAUCCUCAAACUGCUUCUGAAGUUCAGCUUUGAUGAAGUCCAGGAAUAUUUGCAGCAGCAUUUGUCAUCUGUUGAAGAAAGCAUAUUUGUGGAUGAGGGUGAUAAAGCAGAGCUUUAUGCCUUGUACAUCAACUGCUUAGAGGACUCCAUGUGGGAGAAAAUGCCUCAAGAAUCUGACACGGCUGAAGAGCUGAAGCCAUUUUACAAUGAUGAAACACAAUUCCUGCACAACUUUUUGGCUGAUGGUACUUCUGUUUCAGCAACAGUGUCUAUUCAACAUCUGCAGCACAUCGCACGAUUGCGCCUGUCCCUCACCAUGGCUGCCCAGGUUAUCAGUGACAAGCUGUCUGACAACAAUGUCCCAGAUGGAGCAGAAGAUUUCCUGAACAUGGUGAUUAAGUUCUGUGAGGACAGUGGAAAUGAUUGGUACCGCGUUUAUCUGAUUCGCAAACUUAGCGAAUGGGAGGGUGUUGAAUCCGUCCAGACUCUGGUGAAACAACCACAGUUCAGCUGGCUUUUCCCUACAGAGAUCCAUCAGCAGAAUGAAGAUGGAGGCCACAUGGACCAGUAUCUUGCCUAUGGAGAGGAAUACAAGGCAGUAAGGGAUGCAGUUGCCAAGGCAGUAGUGGACGGUGAUAUCGAGCAGAUAGAAGACGUCUGUGAGAAAUGCACCGCACCGCCAAGAAAUCGAACAAUGUUCAUCCUCCUGGCGCUUUUCCGAGAAGUUACUACUCUGUACAGAUCUGCAAAUACAAGCAUUCAUCCAACCCCCGAGCGAUGCCAGGCAUUUGGAGAGCUCAUCCAGGGCUCAAGGUAUUUACAUCAAAGAGAAGUAAGGGAUUUUGCCUCAGCCUUGGUUCACAACAGGUUGGGAGCCCUGGCCGUGUACCCUAGUCAUACUAUUGUGGACAACAAUAUCAUCGAGCUGAUCAUGCAUCUGGCAGCUGUGCUGCUCACUGGGACUCAUCUCCUGGUGAUGCCACUCAAGCAACUUGGUCUGUCUCCUGAAAAUAUGCAGGCGGCAUUUAUACCCACAAUGCCUGAUGACAUGUUAGCUGUUGCCCAAGCAGCCAUACAACAAGACUACGGGCAGCUCACUUGGUAUGUGUGUCCAAAUAAUCAUCCAUGCUUUGUUGAUGAGUGCGGCCUGCCCAUGCAGCGAGGCCGAUGUCUGGAGUGUGGCGAGGAGGUUGGAGGAGACAAUCAUUUGGCCUUGCAGGGAUUCAGACCAAUUCAGCUUCAGCAGGAUAACACAAGGCCUGGCCACAUCCUAGGAGACGCUGACCGGAGAAACAACCCAGAUGCCCUGGACACCAAAAACAUGUCUCUAAGUCCCUUCACUCUGGUCAGGCUGGUUACACAUUUGGCCAUGUUGCUGGGAGCCUCAGAGAAGUCCCAGUUUGUCCAGCACAUCAUCCAGCCACCUGUGGAGGAUGUUUGUUUGUUUCUCAGUCUACACAUAAGAAAGGAUCUGAAUCAGCUGUCACAGACACUGGGAAGAGGAGUGGAUGACACUGUUACAACUGUCCACUUGGUGCUCAGAUCCCUUCAAGAGCUAUUGCAGGCCAGUCCCUCUGGUAUUGAUCCUUACCUAACAACCAAAGCAUCCAGAAACAUGUGGGAGACUUUUGUGGCUGCAAAUAUUAUGGCACCUCUGUUGAGGGAUCUUGAUCAAUUCCUGCAAGAAGCAAAGGGCAGCAUUAGGACUGACUCCCGUGUAUCCUCCAACUUCAUCAUGAGGACGACCUUCGGUGAUGAUUGUAGCUUCCUGACGUCGCUGCCGCAGGGCUCUCCGGUCCACAGCUCAGCGGUGUGGAGCUGCAGGGAGAGGUUCUCAUUGCUCAGCCUCACACACAUUGUGGAGCAGUAUGACCAAAAGGAGGAGCUGCCUCUUCUCUGGAAGUUUCUGCAGAAGGAGAGAGAAUUUCGGCAGAUUAAGCUCCUUCCAGACAUCCUAAUCCUGCAGAAACGCUUGGUGAGAAAGUUCCAGAACGCAACUGAUCAGAUAGUGGGCUCCAUCGGAGAGUUCAUGGAGAAACAAAGAGAAAUGAGGAAGUGGUAUGAGAAACACAUUGACAUCUUCCUACAAACAUGGAAUCUGCUCAGAGUGUCUGUAACCAGCAAUGAGUUGAAGAUUCCAGAUGAAUUUUGCAGUGAGGAUUUGGACCUGAACAGUGACCUGCGGUACCUCCUGCCCCGGCGGCAGGGUCCAGGCCUGUGUGCCACAGGGCUGGUCAGCUACUUGGUGGCACUACACAAUGAGCUGGUAAACGCUGUGGAUAGCCACACCGGAGAGGACAGCAGCACUUACAAGGUGAGUUUGGCAGAGCUAACGGAGCAGCAUGUGAUCCACUAUGAGCUGGAGAAGGACCUGCUUCCUCUGGUUUUAUCCAACUGCCAGUACAGCUUGGAACAUGGCCAUGAGACAAUAUCACAAUAUGACCUACCCAGGAUCCAGCAGCAGAUCCUCACCCGUUUCCUACAGGGAAAACCCCUCAUCACACACACAGGAAUUCCCACUCUGGUCAACACACAAGAGAGGGACUAUGAAACCAUUUUCAAAGCUGUUAAAGGAAAAGUGCUUCAGGACACUCUGUCCUCUUUGACCUGGAACGCCUUGUCCAGAGAGCUGGACUCCUACAGCGAGGUGUGUGAGGCACUCAAGAUCGCAGAGCUGCUCCUGGGUUUCCUCUCAAUGACCGGGGGUGAUCCCAUGAUGUCGCUGGUCACCUACCUCCAGGACAUCCUGAAGAUGGCCAACCACAUCGAUCGUCACAUAUUGCAGGCUCUGGGCAGAUGCAAUCUCAAACACUGUGUUUCUUUGUGGCAACUCCUCUCCUCCCUCAAAUCUGAAAGCAUGCUGUGUCUCAAGAGGGAGCCCUUUUCGGGGUAUCCAGCUGAGUACCUGAUACCGCUGACAGAGGAAGACAAGACUGAGCUAAAAGGGUUCAUGUCCAGGGGAAACAUGGACCAAUGGCUGCUUGAGAUGCACGAGUUCCUCCUGUUGAGUCUGGGCCGUCCAAGGGCCACUGAUGACUACAAACCAUCCUGGAGUGUGAAAGAGACGGUGUGUGCCUAUAUGGACCGUAAAGGAGUGGAGGUGCCUCCAUACGUGGAGGAAAUGUUUCCUGAAAAUCUGCUGCUGUCCCAGAUUGUGGAGACUUGGAAAUGCGCCACCACAGCCAAACAUGACUGGAUGAUGGAGGGAUAAACUGGAUGACUUUGGAAAGAUUUGAGUUUAUCAGGUUAAUUGCUGAUCAUAGAUUCUCAAAACCAAAAAAGUUAGAUUUUACUUUGUCUUUUAUUUGUUUAUUUUUUGUAUCGAUCAUUCUGUGGUAAUUGUGUAUGAAAGACCUUAAAAAAUACCUUAAGGCUCUUAAAAACGAUAAAGUAUACCAAACCUGAUUGUACUAGAGUAAAUGCUGCCUGACAGUUUUAGUGUUAUCUUCAGCCAGCUGCUCAUUUAAUGUUUUUUGUCACCAUAUUAGAAAUAAUAAGAAGAAUCAAUGUCAAUGCCUCAUUUGAAGAAAAUGUCAGGAUCUACUCAUGAAAAUGUACUGUGUUAACUGCUUUAUAUUAUCUGUUUCAGGAUUGCUUUUUACAUUUUUGUUCUAAAAUCUAUUUCACUACUGACCACCAGAAUCUGAUAAUUAGGGUAAUGACAUGGUGGUACAAUAAACUAAUACAGAAAAAAUAUUAUACUUUACAUUUUAUUUUUCAUACACAUUUGAGAACAUAUAGUUGACGGUUAUGGAGUUGAUUGGAGGGUUUGUUUGAUAUUUUUGAUUUAUCUGAUUUAUGUUAAUUGCUCAGUCUAGUCAUGUUUGUGGUUAUAGACUCUUAUGAAAUCUUAUAAGAUAUAAGAAAUCUUAUUAUAUAUAAGAUAUAAUCUUAUUAUGAAAAUUAUGAUUGUAGUGUGUGACAUCACUUAUUGAUGAGAGUGACGACAGGGAUGUUUGAAAGCCUGAAUAUAGGAAUAUGUACUCUACUGGUAUUUUCCAGUUUUAGAAGGAAAAAAAAUUAGGUAAUGAAAAGCAAAACACCUUCAAAGUCUUUGUCUUAACAUUGUAUUAAUGAAACAACUAUUUUUAAAAUGUCAAAAAUAAUGUGUGUUAAAAGGUUCCAGAUACCAAAGUGAUGAGAUUUUAUGUAAAACUGGGAAAAGCAAGCCAUCUUUUACAGUUGUACAUCUGCAAGCAGUAAAUAUUUUUAUUUUCAAAAUGAUUAUUAAAUUUGGAAAUGAUUACAUUUGUGUAUCAAUAAAUCAAUUUAUAUACAUGUGUA